AUGAUCAAGUUAUGGUGUCGCUUUUCCAUGUACCAUUGACUCUUGGAAACUUGAACUGAAAUGGCUGAAAACGACAAAACUCCUGGUAUAUUGGCUGCUGAGCCGUUGGAAAGUCCGAGCGAUGAUGGGUCUUGCAGAGCAGUCCGUAAGCGUGAGAAUCAUCAAUUCCCCUUUCGGCAUCAAGAGAAACUUGCUGAUACUUGUCACAGCGAAAUGGUAUCGCUCCACCUUCUGGAACGCAUUCAUCCUCGGCAUCUGCAACUUCCUGGCUCCCGGUAUCUGGGGCGCUAUGAAUUCUCUCGGAGGAGGUGGACAACAAUCACCCUCCCUCGUCAAUUCCGCAAACGCAUUGACAUUCUGUCUCAUGGUUCUCACCUGUUUCUUCUCUUCUGUCGUCGUGCGCUGGGUUGGCGUCAAGUGGGCCCUCAUCAUUGGAACACUGGGAUAUUGUCCCUACGCUGCUGGUCUGUACGUCAAUAACCGCUUUGGCGAUGGCUGGUUUGUACUUCUCGGCGCCGCACUUUGCGGUCUUUCUGCUGGUAUCUUUUGGUCUGUUGAAGCUGCUAUUGCGCUUGCUUAUCCUGAACCUCAUAAUCAAGGUCGCUUCUUGGGUUUCUGGUUGAGCUUUCGACUUGGUGGGCAGAUCGUCGGUGGAGCCAUUAAUCUUGGUGUUAAUGUCGAUAACGACAAAGCUGGCUCGGUAUCUUAUCAUGUCUUUGAGGCGUUCAUUGCAUUACAAGCUCUUGCGCCUUUUGCGGGUCUUUUGCUCAGCCCGCCUGAGAAGGUGCAGAGGACUGAUGGUCUACCCGUUCGUCUGAGUAUUGGCAACAGCAUCACCUAUGAGCUCAAAGCGAUGUCGAAGCUCUUCUUCAGCAAACACUUUUUACUCAUCGUACCGCUUAUCGCUCAAGCUGUCUACGCAGAGUCGGUUUUCUUCACCUUUCAGGCCCUCUGGUUCAGUGUCCGCGCCAGAGCUUUGGGAUCAUUCUUGUCGGGCAUCGUCGCUGUUACUAUGGGCAAUAUACUUGGCAAGUAUCUGGAUCAUACAAAGUUCAGCCUCAAGUCGAGAUCAAGAGGUGCUUUUGCUACAAUUCUUGGCUUGCAGGGUGCUUGGUGGAUAUGGGCGACAAUUCUGGUUACCGAAUUCAACAAGACUGAUCCGACUUAUGAUUGGGUGGACGAUGGAUUCGGCAAGGGCUUUGCCUUGUUCUUGUUUUGGGUCGCUGGGUUCCAGUUGAACUACAUGUUUCUCUACUUUGUGGUCGGCAACCUCGCAGAAACCCAAGAAGAAGUCAUUCGCAUCUGCAGUCUCCUGCGUGGUACUGAGUCAGCCGUUCAAGCCGUUAGCUAUGGUCUCGGAAGUGUGACUACCAUGGCGAGAACUGGAAACAUCUACCUCAACUUUGGUCUCUGGGCGAUAUCGCUCUUCCCUGCCUGGUUGGUUGUGUCAAAGAUUGGUGUUACAUUGGGCGAUAAGAAAUUGUCUCGUGAGGAAGCUGUGCAGGAGAGUAUACUCGGCAAUGCGGAGUUGAGUCGCGGGACAGAAAAGCAGUGAGGGUUGGUGUUGAAAUAGCAAUACGUUGGCCAUUGGGUAGACCAAGAAGAGAUGACAGGAGUCAGAUGGUUUCAUAAUAGAUCAUUCGCAUACAAAG